AUGGCCGAGUCUGCCGUGAUCUGGGACGAGUUUAGUUCGAACAAGCUCAACGAGAGCUACGGCCACGUUCUCGGUUUGGCCGUCUCAGAGCCUAUGCUAGCCAUCGCGGUUGCUAUCCCGAAACUGGGAGGGUCUAAACCGAGCUUUGCCGAUCAAACAGGUACACUUAUUGCCAGUUUCAGUUGGUCUUCUCAGGAGAUUGUCGCCCUGAUCGAUACUAUCGAGAAGCAUGAGAGGGAGGUCCAUGUCCAUGACGGGCCCAGUAGACGGCACUGUGCUGUCGGCUCAAUUGCACCAGACCCUUACAACUACAAACGCAAGCAUCCCGCCGAAGGCCUCUUGAACCCGAAUCUCCGCCCCAAGUGGGUUGCGGAACUCCUGAAGUCUAACGGUGAGCUGGGGCGCGUGGAGACGGGGAUUCAGGCCCGCUUGGAAGACGUUGCUCUGGAAGGAUUCUGUGAUGAAUUUAGUGUAUGCUAUCGCACCUUUGGGGAGAGUCGACGUAUCAAUUGA